CUUCCUUCUCUUCUUCGCUUUCCUGCCCUACUAAAGCAGCCUCUCGGAGAGGGACGCGAGCGCUGCGGUGGUGCCUAUCGCAAUCAGCUUCUUUUCUUACGCUGCUAUACCUCUCCUACUCUCCUGCCAGAUACUCGAUCGUCGUCUUCUUCUUUGCUUCCUGCUCCCCCAGACCAGUCGUCAUCUUCUUGGCGGCGGCUGCGAUGGCGGCCUGCUGGCACCACUACCAGGUGCCGGUGGCCCUGCUCGUGGCGGCGCUGACGAUGAUGAUCAUGGCGCGGCCGGCGGCCGGUUCCGACGUGCCGACCAUCGCCUUCGACGAGGGAUUCACGCCGCUGUUCGGGGAGGCCAACAUGGAGCGCUCUCCCGACGACCGCACCGUCCGCCUCACGCUCAACCGCUACUCGGGUUCCGGCUUCAUCUCCUCCCACUACUACCACCAUGGAUUCUUCAGCGCCGCCAUCAGGUUGCCCAAGGACCACACGGCCGGCGUCGUCGUCGCUUUCUACCUGUCCAACGGCGACGUGUUCGAGAAGAACCACGACGAGCUUGACUUCGAGUUCCUGGGCAACCGGCGGCGUCACGAGUGGCGGCUGCAGACCAACGUGUACGGCAACGGCAGCACCGACCGGGGCCGCGAGGAGCGGUACCUGAUGCCCUUCGACCCCACCGCGGAGGCGCACCGCUUCUCCAUCCUGUGGUCCUCCCGCGUGGUCAUCUUCUACGUGGACGGCGUGGCGGUCCGCGAGGUGCCCCGCUCCGGCGCCAUGGGCGGCGACUACCCUUCCAAGCCCAUGGCGCUGUACGCCACCAUCUGGGACGGCUCCACCUGGGCCACCGACAACGGCCGCUACAAGGUGAACUACAAGCGCGGGCCCUUCACCGCCGAGUUCUCCGACCUGGUCCUCCGCGGCUGCCCCGCCGCCGCCGUGAUGAGGCACGAGGACACCGCGGCGCUGCAGCUGCAGCUCGGCGCCGCCGCGGAGAACAGGGACCGGUGCGCCGGCGCGGAGUUCGAGCUGAUGACGGCGGACUACGCCAUCGUGACGCCGCGGAAGCGGAUGGAGAUGCGGCGGUGGCGGCAGCGCCAGAUGCUCUACACGGUGUGCUACGACACCAACCGGUACCCGGCGCCCUUCCCCGAGUGCGACGUCAACAUGGCCGAGCGCCUGAAGUUCUGGGAGUGGGGCGAGUCCAAGGUCGUCAGGCCCCGAGUACGCGGCCGCUCCGGCAGGCGCCGCCCGGCCACGCAGCUGGUGUCGCUGCAGCAGGCCGACUAGUAGUAUAAUUACUAAUUGGUUACCACGCAAUUGCAAAUGCAAUGCAACCCAUUGUUGCCCUGAUGGAUCGACUCAUUCUUUGACUGGGACGAUGUCUGAAUCGAUCGAUCGAUGAGGGGGCUGGAGUGGUUAUGGUUAGUCACCUGACGCGGUGUCCGUUACUACAGUCGCAACCCUCAAACGAAACACAUGCUUAGUACACUAGUUGGUAUUGGCCAUGCACAACCUACUACUACUGGUAGUGGUAGCAGUCUUAAACUUACCAGAAAAUGGUUUCAACCAUGCCGCAACCAUAAGUACCGUACCAGGUGAUGCAUGGGAUUAAUGUUGCUGAAAACCACCCAUUUCCUGGACUGUUUCUACCGUGCAGAGCUUCA